AUGAGAAUAGCGAGAGAGGCUUGCGGGCCGGUUGCGGUGCGGGGGGUGGGGGGCGUGUCUCAGUUGAACAUGCGCAGUCGCAGCCCGCGGGCGUCUCUCGCCAACUCGCACUCUCGAUACAUACUCCACGUGGAACGUUUAGAAAUCUUCAGGCGCCAGGUCGAACCUUGGUGGGAAGGUGCCGAAGCCGUCAGCGAAGGUGGGACGCGGGCGCUGGGGCUGCCAACAUACAAAAUAUAUCAUUAUCUUGUUGAUUAUGAGAGUGAUCAUCCACGCAUGCGGGAAGCAUUCCUAGUAUACAAAUUAUAA